AUGAAAGCAAAUAUCGAUUUUGAAAUGUUAAAGCUUGUAAUUCAAGUGGUAUCAGUAUUCCUUUCUAUUGCAAUCAAUACCAUUCUGAUAUGCCUUAUUAUUACAAAAUCCCCAAAAAUAAUGGGAACCUAUCGGCAUUUGAUGAUUUAUUUCUGCUGUUGUUCUAUAUUUUUUAGUAUUGUCGAUGUUAUUGUGCAACCGAAUAUUCAAACUUAUCAAAGUUCAUUCUUUAUGGUAAUUGAUGCGAAAAGUCGGAGUAUGGAGCAUUGGGUAGUUGGAGUUUUGAUGCACUUGUUGUGUGCGUGUUUCGGUGUAGCAAUAUAUGGAAUUGCAAUACAUUUUGUAUAUCGGUAUUUUGCAUUGGAAAGACAAGGACGAGUGAAAUAUUUCAAUAAAAAAUAUCUCGUGUUCUGGUUCACAAUUCCAUUGCUUGGCGGAGCAGCUUGGUACGCCGUUACAGAAUUGUGUUUCACGCCAGAUCAAUUGGGAAUUGAAUACAUUAGAAAAACUGUGAAAGAAUCGUUCAAUAUUGAAAUGGAAAAUGCUGAGUACGCGGGAUGUGUAUUCUAUCCAAUAGACACUAACGGAAAACAGUUUAUAAAUUGGCGUAGUUUCAUGGGAUAUACUGGAUACUUGAGCAUUAUGGCAGUUGCAUUUUUAAUUAUUUCAUUUGCUGGAUGUAAAAGUUGUUAUCUGGUCAGUAACUUGUUGGAUCAAGGAGAAUCCGAAUUCUCCAAGAAUCUACAAAUGCAAUUGUACAAGGCAUUAGUAGCUCAGACGGUCAUCCCUGUUGUACUGCUCUUUAUUCCAUUUGGAUUUCUAUUCACUCUUCCAAUUUUCGAGAUUAACUGUCAGUUUCUUGCAACUAUUAUAACUUUGAUAUUUGCAAUUUACCCAGCUGUCGAUCCAUUGCCAAUUCUUUAUUUUGUGGAUUACUAUCGAAUUCCAAUUUUGGAAGUGUUCAAGAAACCACAUUGCAGCGGCAGUCAAGUAUAUCCAGCCAGCAAUAAUUCAGUGGAAAAUUAGUGUGUUAAAAUCAUUUUUUAAUGCUCUUCCAAUUUUCGAGAUUAACUGUCAGUUUCUUGCAACUAUUAUAACUUUGAUAUUUGCAAUUUACCCAGCUGUCGAUCCAUUGCCAAUUCUUUAUUUUGUGGAUUACUAUCGAAUUCUU